GGAAAAAACAAGAAAAUUUGCUUUUUAAUGGCCUGUGGUUUGGCCCUCAUAAACCUGCAAUAACCACAUUUACUUUUCCUUUACAUGUUGCACUACAGGAGAUGGAGAAAGGGAUAAAUGUGAACAUAAAAGGUGCAUCAAAAAAGAUUAAAGCAUUUUUAUUGUUUGGCACGGCAGAUCUUCCGGCUAAAGCAUGUGUUCUGAAUAUGACUCAGUUCAAUGGUCGUUAUUCAUAUUUUCAUUGUAUGCAGUCUGAAGAGACCUCAAAAAGUGGCAAAGGAUACUAUCCUACAUUUUCUUUUCAAAAAGAAAAUCCUUAUGGACCACCAAGAGUACAAUCAGAUUGUAACGAGUAUGCUGAAAGAUCAGUAAGGGAAGGGAAACCAGUGUCUGGAAUAAAAGGGCCAAGCUUUGUCAUAGGACUUAAAUAUUAUGAUUUUGUAAUGAACACUGCAUUUGAUUAUAUGCAUGGAGUAUUGUUGGGUGGAUGUAAAACCUGUUUAAAAUUAUGGUUUUCAAAUAGUGACUCAAGGGAAAGCUAUUCAGUGCCAAAAGGUAUUUGUCUGUGAGGCCGCUGACAACCCAUUCAGCAAAACAGUAAGAACAUGAUAGUUGAUUGAUGAUACAUUAAAAAAGCCAAAAAAAAAAAAAAUGUUAAAAUGUUUUUGACAAUUUACAUUCUUUUGACUUCAUUAGCACAAUGUGUGCAAUGUAUGUUGGAAUAUUUGAACAGAGUUAGAUUACGGUAGUCACCCCUAGCAUAUUACACUUAGGUGGGAGAAAAAUGACCCAUACAGACAAGUUUUUUGUGUAAAUUUGCUCUAUGACAAAGCUUGAGUCACUACUCAGAGGGAGAUAAAAUUUUUAUUGUUUAUUUUUAUUUCAUUAUGUUAUUUAAAACAAUUCUGUAUGUUUCUUAAAUCUUCAUGUUAAUGUGCUUGAAACGGUGAUUGCAUAUGCUCAAAGUUUUGCAUGUGAUCAAUGUCAUAUACAAUCCUUAGAAUUGUACCUAUUUACGGUAGGUGUGACAGAGCCUAAAGUAUUUUACAUUAUUGUUUGAAAGUUUGUUGGAUGAAUAAUGUUGCUGAUACAGUACAUUAUGCUAUUUACUACAAUAAAAAUGUUUUACUUAUGGUUUUUAAGGUGAGGGGAAUGCCUCUCAGGCAUUGUCAAUGGUAUUGUAAGCUGCUUCCCCAGUGCCCUCCAUCUCCUCUCAGCCAAGAACCUAAGAACCUAAGCCAAGAGGAGAACCAUGAAGACACAGUUUUGUCUCAAUGUCCAAGAAGAGCAGCUCAUGUGGGAUUUCUUUCAUGAGAACACCAUCCUCUGGGACAUCAAGAAGACUGACUACUCCAGAGUGGACAAGAAGGCAAAGCUGUGGAAAGAUCAAGCCAAAGUAGCCUGUUGAGCACCUUCAAGGGUGGUUCAAAUCCCUGUGAGAUACCUACACCCGCCUUGACGAGAAAAAGAACGGUGACGGUGCUCCGGAAAUGGACAGAGAGGGAGCAGUGGGCAAAGGCAAAUUUCGGCUUAUUCAAGACUGUGGUCUGCCAUCGCCUGUCUACAGUGUAAGUAUAAACAAACAUUAAUAUUAAUAUUUGUUUUGUUUUUUUUUACUGUGAUUACAAAUUAAUGAAUUUGCCUUAGUAUUUUUUUACUCAUCAAUAGUCAUUAAUUGCAGGUGAAGGCAACCACUGCAGCUCACAACGGGGACCUCGAGGCUGCCGAGGCUGCCUGUGCAGACAUCGUGAUAGAUCACGACAGCACACCCUCUAAUUAUUUUUUGCUGUCCACAAGAGAUAUAUAUAGUUUAAGGGUCAAAUUUUCCAAGGAGCUUAUUGAGAAAUUUGUGUAGUUUAUUAGAAAUCAAACAACUAAGAACAACUGGUUUUAGAGCAAGUGCUAAUGGACAAGUUGAAAGAUGGUGGUGGUGGUGGUGUGUGGCGUGCCUCUGAAGCUGAUCUUGAUCUUCAUAUUAAGAAGAAAGAGCUUCAGUUGCACUGCAAGCGUAGAACUCGAGGGGUUGAACAGACUCGAUCCCUCAUAGACAACCUGCUGUCCUCCUUCUCCUCUGAGUCUGGCAAGGACACCAUGGGUAUACCUGUGCUGGAUGCAGACCUAGCAGACCAGAUCUGGGAUGAGCAAAAACGCCAUUUGGCGUGUAUUCAGGAUCUUGAGGGCAAGAACCUAUACACACAAAUCAGGACAAUAAAAAAGGGAGGCAUUGAACUGCCCGUGUACCGAUGUGCAAGAGGCUCUGUUUCCUUAGAGUCGUUUCACAACCACAUUGUCAGAUUCAUACCAGGUACAGUCGCCAACGACAGCCAUUUCCAAGCAUACCUUUUGGAGGGCAUUUUGCAAUGGAAUAAAGACAGAGAGCAGGCUGCACAGGGGCGGGAAUCUGGGCACUUCUAUAACAGUGCUGUUCAGCUGGAACUGAACAGAGCCAGUGCACAGGUGUAUGGUGAGCCUAUCGACCCAUCUUUCCAUCCUCCUUUACGGUACACUGGGGAAAUGAUAGGGGUGGAGUACCUGUAUAGCCAAACUGGUAGACGACAUCAAGGAGGACGAAGAAGAGGAAGAUGAGGGGGUAUGAGAAAGAGGAGGAGCAAGAUCCCACAGUUGGGAUCUUAGCUCAGAGGAGAAGGAAGGGUAUGCACGAUUUGUUUUUGUUGUUUAACUCAUUUUAUAACCGGAAUUAUUUUGAUGAUUGCAAUUUGUUUUGUUAUGCAGUGUAUGUAUCUUUUGUUCCCUGCAUGCAAUUGUUUUCAGAUUGAUAGUACUGUCUCAGAGUAGCUUGUACCAUUAAUUAUAAUUCGCAGGGAGUUACCUCAUUAUUUCUGAUUUUCAGAUCAUGAGUCACAUACCCACACUACCUCCUACAGGGGAGGUGGCCUCCAGGGAACUAGCUUAAGUUGCACAAAGACGGACAGGACACGCAGAUCCCCAAAACAUCCACAUGCAUGGUGCCGCCCUCAAACCUCCUGCUCCAACGGGUGCUGCACCCACCAAUCCCACAUCACCCGUCAUGAUAAAUGAUACAGUUCCAUAUCUCCCAGCUGCAUCACAAUCAGUGAGCUUGAAUCUACCCAGUACCAGUCUGACUACUACAGCUGUGGGCUAAACGAGUAACCUCACAUAUAGCACUUCCUUUCUCACCAGCCGGGCACACUUCUCCGGUUACAUGAGUAACCAACCUACAACCAGCAUUCUACCAGCACCAUUAAUGGGUCAUUUGAGUAACCUGUUAUCCACUGGUGCUUUCUUCUCGGGUUACAUGGGUAACAUCCCUCUGUGCCACCACCAUUCAUGGGUCACAUGGGUAACCCAGCUCUGCAGGAUUUCCCUCAACAGCAUAUUCCAGGACGUGCUGACUGCCUAUAAAUUCCCCACUGCGACCACUCCUCUAGGUAACAAUUCUACUUCCCUAGAACAACACAUUCGGCGUGCCACAAAAUAUAAUAAAGAUUUGGAACAAGGAAACCAUUUCUAUCAAAACCCUCAUACCCCCUACCUCCAACACCUUGUCCAGGGCAGAAAAGCACAACGAAGAGCACUUUGUCCAUAAGAAACAAUAAGAUGAGAAUGGUAAACAAGUACAAAGAGGCCACCUCACCAAAUCAGUGGUGAUGUGCACUUCAGAUACUCGCAGCCUUCCCAGGCUGUUCCAUUGUUACAAUAUGCUAAUAGAAUCCGAGAAAUGCAGGCCAAUUGCCAUUAUGCCAACUGGCGUCUUUAUGACGAGAAAUCUCGGGCCACAGAAACUGAACCCAACUUCAGGUGGGAAGAUCCCAAUGGUGUCCCCUUGGCAGAGUUGACGUUUAUCUCCAGAACCCCCUCUCAUAACAUGGUAUUAGCUCCAAACAGGGGUAUAUGCAACAGGUGGAACGAUGGGCAGCAGUGUGAUGCCUCCACAUGUCACUUUUCAAAUCAAGGCUCCAAGUGUAGAAGUGUUCAUCCAAGGAUCUCUUGUUUUCGUGACGGGCAGAAAUCCCAUUAGCCCUUACCCAUAUUCCAAAGGACCUCAUCACCACUGCAAGUUCUAACAUAAUAACUCUCAGGUAAAAUGCUUCAUCCAGGAUUACAAACAAUUUUGCAUGAAAAGGGCUGCCCUUAAAUGCAAGUGGGAAACACCUGAUAGUGUAAUUUUAACCAAAAUUGCAUUCCUUUGCCUACAGUUGCUGGGGGCUUAUAAACUAUUCCAGGAUGGAUGGGUAAAAGACAUCCAAUACAAAGAAGUGAAUGGUCUUCACUUGUUCAAUUUUCACUUGUUGCAGCCCAGGAGCAUAUGACGGUUGUUUAGGAAUAUUUUAGAUUUGGCCUCCUUAUCAAAACGGGAGCAGUAGCUCUUAGAAAAAGAAGCGUGAAACAGAUGCAUACAGGUAGGUAAGAUGAACAGACAUUUAUACGCUGAUCUGUUGAUUUUUUUACUAAUGUACUUCAAAGUGUUAACAGUACAAAGGCUUGUAUGAUAAUAAAAUAUCAGUGCUACACAGCUGAAGAAUAUAUAUAUAUUGCCAAAUAGUGAGUAUUUUUUCAUAACAGUUUGUUGGUAUAUAUCACUAGAACAUAUUUUGAUUUCAUCAUAAAUAGAGUAUUAUAUCAUGCCUAAGAGAAAGCUUAGCAAGAACAUUCAACCAGGUGUUCCAUGUGGUCCCUGCGCAAGGUGUGAGAAAGUCGAUUUAAGGUACUGGCAUGUUAAUGUCAGUGAAGAGUCUGCGUUUAGCAACCAGUCGGUAGCUUUGGAAGAGGAAAUAAGACAAGGUGGCUCUUACAAAGAUAGUGAUUGUUUUUGUUAUUCUUGUUUAAGUCUUUGGUGCGUAGUAGUAAAACUCCCAAGAAUGAUCAACCUGAACAAAGUAAGUGUUGUUUACCUUUUUGCCAGCAAUCCUCUGGUUCUCAAGUUAAGAGGACAAGUCUUGGUAUUCCUGAAGACAUAGUUUCAUGUUUUUCUUUAAAAUCUUCUGUCUCCACAGUACCAACAGUACCAUUUACCUUGUGUAUCCCACACUAUAGUAGGUACUAUGAUUUUUGAUUUUUUAAGGUGGCCAAAGUGCUUUUCCUGUUCACAGGAUAUUGUGCACAGUGCAACUGGCAGUAAACCAGGGGAUGUUGCAUUUUGCCCUUCAAACAGUCUACAGGAAUGUAACAACUUCUUCAUAGGUGCUGUCAGGUUAGAAGGGACUGUUGAUGAAUCCACACCAUUUUGUAAAUGUUGCAUGCCAAGAUUUAGGAAGCCAAAAAAGGAUCAACUCUCACCUGGUGUCAUUAAUAAAGAUUAUGAAAUAAUCUCAUUUAUAUGCAAGGUUUUUGGAGUCGCUUCCUGAGCCAAGCAAUGUGGCUCAUAAGUGUUAUAAACUGACAUAUACACCCGACAUAUACACCAGAAUAGACCAAUAACAACUUACGCAUGUUCGUCACGUGACACAAUGCGUAAUAUGCGCAAGAACACAAGACACCAGCAGACUGCUACUUUACAGAGAAGAAAUAAGAAAGAAUUUGUAUGAAGCAUCGCUGAGUUGAUAUAUAUUAGGUAAGUAAGAAGAUCCAGAGCCAGGACCCACAGAUCUGAUACCCAGCACUAAGUCAGGUAGCUCUGGCAAUCAAGCUUUAUUGGGUUCAAGGGACCCAUUGCCUUCAAAACUGGAUUCUUGGGAAUAUCAGGUUAUAACGGUGAACCAAGAUGGAACAUUCAACUGUACAUCUUCACCCAACCUUCUUCACUCGCAAACCACCCAGUUGGGUUCAGGGGACUCAACCCUGGCAGCAUCUACAGAUACGGCCUACCAAUCACUAACUCACCUCUCCCAGACAACCAUCACUAAAAUUCAAGAAGACCAGUAUGUUGAUCUCAAAGGCCUUAUACCAUACACCUCCAAUACCCUGCUCCCAAGAGACAAACAGGAGCCUUCCCUCCAAUUUUUGGUAAUACACCAGUUUGAUCAGGCAGCCCCCUUGGUCCUUCCUCCUACUCAGCAAAACAAAAAGGAAAUUAAAAUAUUCCAAUGGCUAGUUGGUUUCAGAGUGUUUAAGGCAGUGUACACUCAAAAAUUUCCAGAAGAAUCAAUUAAUCUCAUCGCGUACCAAAACCGUAUACUGGAAAUGUAUACAAACAAAAUCACCAAUUGGCGUCUCUACGAUGAACGUUUUCGAAUGAAAAGGGCUGCCCUGAAAUGCAAUUGGGAAAUCCCGGACAGCGUCAUUCUUACCGAAAUUACAUUUGUGACCAUAGCCCUCCAAAGCACUUUUCGUCCCCAAACCCAAAGCACUUUUUGCCCUAAAACCAAACCCACUUGCAACAAAUGGAAUGCAGGCAACUACUGCAAUUUUCACCUCUGCCAAUAUUCCCACAGGAUGUCACUUGAAUCGAAAGAAAAGAAGCUUUUUAGGGCAGCUUGUGGUUCCUUUAAUUGGUCGGUGCAUUUUACUGAGGAACUGUAUGCCAGUGUGGCAACUAAUCAGUCCAGGUUUUUUCAGGCGUCUGUGUGCUCUGAAUAGUUUGCUUUUUAUAAAUAAUGACCAGUGUUAUUUUCCGAUUCCACUUUCAGAGAUAGUGGAUCAAUACACACAUGGGUCAAAAACCUGUCUUUCUAUAACCUCUCUCUUUGUUACUAUUAGCAGGGGCACAUUUUUAAGGCACAGUGUUUGUGGCCAAUCAUGACCCACUAAAGCCGUGUAAAAACACGGAAUUACCACAGUGGAUUAUAUAUCUAUAUGUAGAGCGGUUGGCACCAGAAUUGUAACCCGUUGUUUCUCAGGCCAGGCUUGGUACGACCUGGUUCGGUGGUAGCGGCAGGUGUGUAAGGGACAUUCCUGACUGCGAGUACUAUGUACACAGCCCUGGGAGUGGAGGGAGGUCCCUAGAAAGGUGAGGGUUCACGCCUUUUGGAUAAAGAGGGGAAGAGUGUAGUGUUGGUGAGUGUGUUUAUGUCUUGAUCUGGAAAGGCAGGUCUCAUAAUUUUUUAAGUUGCCCAGGACAGCCGGGCUACAAGAAAUUAUUCAGGCUGUUUCCGUCGAUAGCUACAAGGUUAAAAUCAAAGGGUUCCUGACUGUGAGGGCUAUGUAUAUAGCCCUGGGAGUGAUGAGAGGUCCCUAAAAAGGUGAGGGUUCACUCCUUUUGGAUGAAGAGGGAAAGAGUGUAGUGCCGGUGAGUGUUUAUGUCUUGAUCUGGAAAGGCAGGUCACAUGACAUGACUGAGAGUGAGGCCGGUGGAGAACUGAAUGCCCAUACUUCUGUAUGAGAAGACGUGCUAUUCUGAGAUUCCAUCUAAGUGUCCAUUGGGAUCAAGAUAAAGAGCUGUUAAGGUAAGAAAUUCUAUUAUUACCUUUAUUAGAAUCCUAAGGGAAUUCUACACUGAUAACACGCCAUACUUUGAUGCACUGCCCCAGGAAACAUAUGACAGCUUUUGUGGUUCAAGCAAGGAAUGUAUGGAUAUGGAAGAUCAUAUUGCUAAGGUAAAAAACGAUAAAUAUUUACCAACAUUUGCAUACUGCAUGGGUGUUUGUUAUGCAACACGUUCCCAGAUAUAUCUGUAUGAAAGAGAAGAUGGUAGACUUAGAUUUGUGUUAGGCUACCCUAGACUUGCCUGUAGUAGGAGUGUGACGAUGUAGUGUGUUAGUUGAGAUUAUUUUAUAUUGCUACCAGUAGAUAUCUCUAUAAGUAAAGUGUUGUCUGGUGCACAAGCUUGAAUCACUCCUGUGAUUGGUAACUUAAAGGUAAAACUGUUCAUUGUAUAAUUGGUUCUGAUUGGUAAACGUGUACUAUCUGAACUUGUAUAUAAGGUGUGACUUGAAAUGAAUCGGUCUAUUUUGGCUUGGAUUCUCUUUGGUCUCUGCUCUUUGGUCUUUUGGAUGCUCUUUUGGAUUGUAUAGACUCUGAGACACCAGUAAGAACAUUGUUAUUUGUAUCUUCAUAAGGCACUCGGACGCUAAGGCAAAACAAUUGGCGCAGUCGACAGGAUAGUUUUUGUGUAGCUAACGUUGUGAGAGGAUACAAUUUGUGUAGCAUAUGUUGUGAAACUGACAGGAUUCAAUUUGUGUAGCUAACGUUGUCAAUUUACAGGAUAUAAUUUGUGUAGUUUAUUAGAAAUCAAACAACUAAGAACAACUGGUUUUAGAGCAAGUGCUAAUGGACAAGUUGAAAGAUGCAUGGGUAUUAUUACACAGAUGAUUAGAUGUAAUGUAGAAGGAAAUGUAAGAUAUUGGGAUAGAGAUUUACCUCAAUUAGUUAUGGCACAACACUUAACUGUGAAUGCAUCUACAGGGUUUACUCCUAACAUGAUGAUGUUAGGGAGAGAAGUUUUUUUGCCAUUACAUUUACUAACAGGUUGUGUGAAUGAAAAUUUGAUACCAUAUGAGACUAAUGAAUGGUUGAAAAACUUGGGUGAAAGCCUAAAUAAAUCACAUGAAAUGGUAUAAACGGUUCUGAUUGGCAAACGUGUACUACAGACCCGUCUGUUAUUCCCCACUGAGAAUGAGCUCC